CAACACAAUCUCAGUCUUGGAUAAAACCAAUUCCAAUUUCUUUGCGAUUUCCCAAUUUCGACGGCCGACUGCCCUCUCUUCCCAGCCCUCAAAUCAUCCAUGGCGUCGGCUUCAUCUCUUCGAUCCACCUUCACUCCUCCGCCCUUCAUCUCCUUCAACCCCCGCCCCCAAUCCUUAACACAAUCCAUCGCCGCCUUCGCUCCAGUCCGCUGCGGCCCGCGCUCCAACCGCGGCCCGCUCAUGAAAGGCCGAAUCCUAAGCACCGAAGCAAUCCACGCCGUCCAAUCCCUCAAACGCGCUUACCGGAGCUCCGAGCAGCCCAAACUCCCGAACCUAUCCCGCCUGUUAAAGCCCGACCUCGUCGCCGUCCUCCGGGAGCUGCUGCGGCAGGACCUCUGCCACAUCGCCCUCCGCGUCUUCUCCACGUUGCGGCUGGAGUUCCCGGACCAGCAGGCGGAUCUGAACCUCUACGGCGACGCUAUCUUCGCGCUGCUGAGGAACGGGAUGGUGGACGAGAUCGACGGGCUCGUCGGGGAGCUGGAGGCGGCGGCGGCGGAAGGGAAGGUGGACUGGGAGGGCGAUAAGGGGGCGGUGAGAGUGGUGAAGGGCGUGGUGGAAGCCGGGAGGAAGGAGUCGACGGUCAAGAUUGUGGGGAUGCUGAGGCGGAGCGGGUGUGGGGACACGUGGACGGCAGAUGAGUACGCGGUAAAUUUUCUUUGUAAAGGGCUUAGAAAUGGUGGGGAAGAGGGAUUGGCUGCGGAGGUAGAGAAGGAAUUUGGGAGGAUAAUUUGUGGGAGUGUAAUGCCGUGAAAUUAGGCUUGUAAGUUGUGUAAUGGGUUGAAGUUUAUAAGUUUUUUUUUUGUAAUUUGUAAUGAAUCAAUGAUGUUAGAAAUUUUAUUUGGUGUUUGCUUUCCCUAAUACAUGAUGAGACUGUGGGUUGAACUCGUAUGUGUUUUUAUCAAUUGCAUAAAUAUCAACAUGGGAG